GUCACCUCUCUUUCUUUCCCUCUCUCUCUCUCUCUCUCUCUCUCUCUCUCUCUCUCUCUAUCUCUCUCUCUCUCUCCCUCCCUCCCUCCCUCUAUCUCUCCCUCUCCCUCUCUCUCAGUGAGGGAAGCAGCAGUCAGACUCUCAGUCGUCAGGUUUUUUUCUCUCUCCUCUUCCUCAUCUUCUUUUGUUCUGUUGUAAUGACCCAUUUCAGGAGUGACUGCCACCGUGACAGACACGUCGGGAUGAACGGCGAGCUGAGAGACGGUCGCACCACAUCAGGGAAAAGAGGAAGCAGCGCCCUCGACAGGGUGUUAGACUUCCAGCGUGUCCCCUCCUCGACCGCGGUGGAUCCCAGUCCUGUCAAACGGCCCCGCCCUUCCUCCUCCUCCUCCUCCUCCUCCUCUUCCUCUGCCGCAGCUCUGAGGAUGAAGAGCAACAGAGUUGCCAGCAGGAGCAACAACACACGAUCCUCCUCCGACAGCAAAUUGAAGAUGGCGGAGCUACUUGCCAUAAAGAGGGAGCUGACUGUUAUCAAGGUUCAGAUCGACGGCCUUUUGGACUGUGUGGACAAGAUGGACAGACAGAGGAAGGACUGCUCAGAGUGUCCUCAGGGCAGAGAGCUCAGUGUGUCGGACUCUCCUCACCGAGGUUCUGUCAGCAGUCUGGAGAGAGAAAGUCCUGAACCAGGAGAGGCCAGCGAGGAUGAGCCACUGCACUACCAGCCCUACUACCCCCACAGCUACCCCCACAGGAUAAAGCAGCAUCGCUCUGAUCUGGAGGACGAUCUGUGAUUCUGCAGCUCAGAUCCCUCCAGAAACAGGAGCUGGGAUCGGUAACAGCUGGGAUGGAAUAUGCUCCGAGGAGGCGUUGGCAUCAUCAUGAAGUGCAUUGGACUGACUCUCGUCCAGCCCUGAAUCCGUCUCUCUCUUCUGUCCGUCACUGUCAGUUAUAGAUUUCUGUUCUGCUGCACCAUUACCACUUCUGAUGACAUAAUCCCCAACGUGUCCCUCGUACAUCACUGACUCUGGUGCUCCAUGACUCACAUAAUGACACAUGGGACAAUACAGCUAAACGUCUGUGAUUUUAUAAAGCACCACAUCGUUACAGUUUUUAAAAGAUC